CAACUAGAAACCACACACCAGAAGGGACCAUAACCCAUUCGUGUAUACCGAGGAGAUGCAAAGCAACACAGGGACGUUGGAGGCAGAGACAGCCCAGGACUACACAAUCAACCUUCCUGAGAGUGAGAGUAUAAGCCAGCUGCACCACCUGGGUGCCUGGGUUUUGCCCUCCCAGCAGCAGAAGAAUCUGCUGCUCUUCCUGAAGGGACAGCCACAGGUCCUAGGGGUGGCUCAGAUCCUCAUUGGACUAAUAAUGCUGUGCCUGGGUGUGACAAUCAGUCCUUUUCCUCCAUUUGAGUACAGACUUCAUUACAUGGCCACUAAAACAGGCUAUCACAUAUGGGGAUCCUUCUCUUUCCUCACAUCUGGAGCACUGUCUAUUGCUGCGGGAAGAAAAGUAACCAGGUGUCUGAUCCAAUGCAGCCUGGGAUUGAAUACAGUCAGUGCUAUUGUAGCAGUGUUUGGCACAAUUAUGAUAAUUUUUGAAGAAAUAUUCAUAUAUGGAAAUGUGAUAUGGAGGUCUUCCUAUGGAAGUUUAUUUACAGGAAUGCUGACUGGAAUGGUGUUCCUCUCUCUGGCAGAAGGCUGCAUCGCUUUGUCUCUCUGUAUCUAUGCAUGCAAGGUGGCCUGUUCUGUCAACAAGGUGGUGGUUUUCUUACCGAAUAAUGACAACAACCCCUCAGUAGUCUCUCCUGAACAUGUGUAUGAUGAGGUCACAUUUUAGUAGAUCAUGGUGGUUUGGCAUUUCCAAUCAGUUUGACCUAUUAAUUCUCCCUUGUUUGGCUCUUUACCACAUACAACCAAGACUGUGAGAAUACACCUGCCUGACUGUCCUUAAGUUUAUAUACCUGGGAUCCAUCUGUGGGUGGAAACACAGUAUAAUAAAGAUUUAUUUUAUUUGCUGAU